AUGCAGGCGCUGACAGCAGCCCACCUGGCGCGCUGCCACGCGCACAGCGCCGCCAGCUGCAGCGGGCGGACCCCAGCAGCCGCCUGGGCGGCGCCGCCCCGGCCGCCCUCACGUCGCCGCCUCGUCGCCGGCCGUGCGGCAGGCAGCGGGCCACAGCAGCCGCACCCCGAGGAGGGGGAGGUGCCGGAAGGCAACAGCGGGCUGCAGGACUCGCUCAUCAAGCAGCUGCAGUUUGAGAUUGGCAAGAAGCGGUUCCGCACCGCCACAAGCCACGACGCACGCCACCCAUGCCUGCGCCUGCUGGUGGAUGAGUUUGUGGAGGAGGAGGCGGAGGGGCUGCGGGCCAAGGCGGAGGAUGCCAAGGCGGAGCUGGACAAGCUGGCAGACCUGCAGAACCUGAGGGCCGAGGUGGCCUUCAACUCAGCCCUGGCAGACAUCAACCGCGAGGCGGAUGAGUUUGAGGAGCAGCUGCGGAAGAGCCGGGAGGAGCGGGAGGCCUCGGAGCGCGAGCAGGAGCAGUGGGAGGAUGACGUGGCGGUGGCUCGCAGCCAGGGCCAGUUCUUCCAGACGCUGUACCAGACCAACAAGAAGCGGCCGGUGGGCAUGAACGCAGAGCAGCUGCAGCGCGUGCAGGAGCGGGCGGACAAGGUGAAGGAGGCGGCGCGGCCGGAGGUGGGCAGUUGGGUGCGCUACUACCUCUUCGCCUUCCUGGCCUUUGUGCUGGCGGCAGAGGUGGCGGCAGACCUGCAGUCAGACGCGCCGUCGGCGGCGCAGGACGUGCUGUACACGCUGCUGGUGAUCGCGCUGGGCUGGACCUCCUACAGCGAGCGCAAGUCGCUGCGGUGA